GUUCAAUAGCAGCAGGGAUUAAGAUAUUCCAGACAGGAGGAGCAGAAGUUGGGAGGUGUUGGGCUUUAAACUUCAUCCCAUUCUCUGCUCUCUGCGCCUCCCCUGGUCUCGGACGACUCCCAGCCUCUGGCUCUGUCGCACUGAUCGAGCAGCUCGGUUUUCCAGAGACGAGACCGCCGGAGGAGUCCUGCUCGGUGAGACGCACAGCAAGACGCGCAGCUGUGCGCGGACACUCAGGUUCUGGAAACCAACUCUUUGAACUGAGCCUGAUGAAAAUGAAACUGGACAUGCUUCUGCUCGUGCCACUGUGCGCCAUCUGUCUCCUGGUCCUGCCGUCGUCCUCAACCCUCGACCGUGAGUCAGAUGAUUCCACGCUUCUCCAUGUGACCAUUCCCACCACCUCGCCUGUGGAUGCUGUGCUGGGUGGCUCUCUGACGUUACCCUGCCUGAUGUCUCUGGCUCACCUACCGCCCUCCCCCUCCACCAAUGGCCGCCAUGCCGUGCUGUCUCUCCCCCGGGUCAAAUGGAGUGUAGUGAUUCAUGACCAAGAGGCUGAGAUCCUGGUGGCCCGCGGUGACAGGGUGAGAGUCAGCGAGGCCUACAAAGACCGAGCUACGCUGCUCAAUUACGCCUAUUCCCCCACCGACCUCACCCUGCGGCUGGACAGUGUCAGGCAGAAUGACAGCGGGUUCUACCGCUGUGAGGUGCAGCAGGGCCUGGAGGACACUCAUGAUGUAGCCCAGGUCAAGGUCAAAGGGGUGGUGUUCCAUUAUCGUGAUGCCUCCAGCCGCUACGCCUUUACCUUUGAGCGGGCCAGAGAGGCCUGCGAGGAGAUUGGGGCUCAGAUUGCCACUCCAGAGCAACUCAUGGCCGCCUACCAAAGUGGAUACGAGCAGUGCGAUGCAGGCUGGCUCUCAGAUCAGUCAGUGAGAUAUCCCAUUCAGACACCAAGAAAGGGCUGCUUUGGAGACAUGGAUGCACUGCCAGGAGUGAGGAACUAUGGACUGGUAGAACCCCAUGAGCUGUAUGAUGUCUACUGCUAUGUGGAAAACACUGAGGGCGAAGUGUUUCAUAGCCCCACCCCCCAGGAUGUGACCUACCAGGAGGCAAAGGCCUACUGUGCAAGUCAGGGGGCAGUGCUGGCCACCACAGCUCAGCUAUACGCAGCCUGGAAUGAUGGACUGCACCAUUGCAGUCCAGGAUGGUUGGCAGACGGGAGCGUGCGCUACCCCAUCAUCACCCCGAGAGAGCGCUGUGGUGGUGGGGAGCCCGGUGUCAGGACUGUCUAUCAGUACAGCAACCAGACGGGCUUCCCCGAAGCUCACACUCGACAUGAUGUCUACUGCUUCAGAAACAUUAACAGCCCUUAUACCGAAUCUCCUCGGGACUUUCAUUCCACUGAGCCAGAAAACAUUGUUUUCUUAACUAAUCCUGCUCAGGAGGAGGACAACAUGAGUGACAUGACAGCAAAGGGGGCCAAAGAGGUGCGCCUUGCCCAAACAGUGAAAGCUCACCCCCAGACACGAUGUUUUGACAAGGACAUGCUGAUCUCAGUAGAGAUUCAGGAGCCUGUCACUUUUCCAUCUGAGCAGCAAGAACAUUUUUUCACCGAAGAUACCCAAGAGGAGAUGGGGAAGACCAGCUACCCAGUGUCUUACCAACCAGCACCUGAAGAAAACCCAGAUCUUGAAGAUUCUCACACGCUUCCAAGAUCUUCUCCAGGGACUGAUGGUGUAGUAACUGAAUCCACUCCACUCACAACUGAUGGGGUAAACUCAGAGACCAGAGAGGCCUCAGAACAUCACACCUCUGGGAAUGAGGCCCUGGAUAUGCUCAGUGUUAAUGCAACAUCUGGAACUGAGGCAACUGAGCUCAGCAGCUCUCCACCGGUGCGUCAGGGGGGUGAUCUCCCUGUUUCACAGGAGGACCACACCCCAGAUAUCCAUUUGGAGCAGGCCUCUAAAACUGAACUAGUAUACCUGAGCACCUCUUAUGAUAUGUCAGGGCGGCCAGAAGAGGCCAGCACUGGUACUGUCGAGGCAACAUCAUUGGUGACUAUUCCACCCAUCUCCGAGGAAGCCGGGGUUCAUUGCAGUACAUCUGUGAACCAUCCAAUAGGAGAGGAGUCUGGAGAGGAGAGUGCAAAUCCAGAUGAGGCGAAACAGACCGUAGUAACUCAAAGUCUGGUUGGUACAGACACCUAUAGCACCUCUGAGCUAGUCCCUACUGACUCACGAGCAGCAACGGAGUCUUCCAUCCCGUUCGAUCACAGUGACGAGGAAUCUAACAGCACUUCAGAAGAGGCAGCACCAUAUGAUGUGGCAACAACAACAGCAGAGGCCAUCAUAGCCACAGAUGACUCGGCCUCCAGUGUAGAUGCUCCUGUUCUACGCAGUUACCCUGUCACCUUGUUGAAAUCAGCAGCUCCUCCCUCUGUGGUGGUUGAAGUUAGCUCCCCAGAGACUAUUACCUUAAUACCUGAAAGCAAUGCUUCAUCUGAAACAGAGUCUUUGGAAAACUUCCAGGACAAACUUGAACACGAGGGAUUAGGAGAAAACCCAGCAGGGUUUCUGAGCACAACCCAAAAUAUCCCAGACAGUGAUCCGGAGGAUGGGGAACAAGGCACCGAGUACAGAUCAGAAUCACAGGAGGAAUCAGGGGAGUCAUCAGGAAGAAACCUGGCAAUGAAACCAGAGCCUCUGUCGACAAACACUACUCUGUCAGUGGACCACACAUCUGAGGGAACUGAUAGUGAGGCUGCGACUGGUACUCCUCCUCCAGCAGAGAUAAAAAUCACACUGAUCCCUCACCAGAGUCACACACCUGGCUGGGAACAAGUGGCUUUUCCUUCCACACCACAGGAGGCUCGCUCUGAUGGAGAACACAGUGCUGAGGCUCCUGUCACUGAGGAACCUGAGGCUGUCUCUCAGGAGCCUUUGACGGAGAUCACCCGCAUCGGGAUUGAUGGACAUGGAUCAGAGGGCAGUGAGGAAGAGACCGGCACAGACGAUCCCUCAGUUAUAAAUUGCAUAGCGCAUCCGGAUGAGAAGACCUCCACAGACAUUCAUGAUGUGACCGUCACUACUCCCACCAGGUCCCCACAGUAUUUUAAAACAGGAGAAGAUGAAUACACUGCCAUGGCUGCCUCCCUGCCCGCUGCCCACCAAGAAGGAAUCUCGGACCCCUGCCUGCAGAACCCUUGUCUGAAUGGAGGCACGUGUGUGGACGGUGAAUCAACACGCUGCCUUUGCCUGCCUGGUUAUGGAGGAGACAUGUGCCAGACAGACCUGGAGCUGUGCCAGCCCGGCUGGGAGAAGUUUCAGGGCUUCUGUUAUCGUCACUUUCCUAAGCGGCAGAACUGGGAGGCAGCUGAGCAGCACUGUCGCAUGUGUGGUGGGCAUCUCAUUUCUGUCAUGACCCCUGAGGAGCAGCACUACAUCAAUGACAAAUACAAAGAAUAUCAGUGGAUUGGACUAAAUGACAGGACCAUCGAGGGAGACUUUCGCUGGUCGGAUGGGAACCCUCUGCUGUAUGAGAACUGGUACAGAGGCCAGCCUGACAGCUACUUCCUGUCUGGAGAGGAUUGUGUAGUGAUGGUGUGGCAUCAGAAUGGUCACUGGAGCGACGUUCCCUGCAACUACCAUCUAUCCUACACCUGCAAGAAGGGCAUCUCCUCCUGUGGUCAGCCCCCUGAGGUCCCUCAUGCUAAGGUGUUUGGGAAGAAGCGGUUGCAUUAUGAGACCAACACCGAGGUGCGGUACUACUGUGAGGAGGGUUUUGUGCAGAAACUGAAUCCUGUGAUCAGGUGCCGGGUCGGCGGCCGAUGGGAUGAACCUCUGAUUACCUGCCUGCCAGCUCAUUCGGUGGGAGAAGAGUCAGUUACGGUGCUUCCUCCCCAGCCUGAGGAUGCCACAGAGGCUGCGGGCGCAGCCACAGAGAAAGCAGCUCCACUGUUCUGGGACAUUAAGUGGAAUGUGUAAAGCCAUCCUGUCUUGUUUCUAAAGCACCAUUCCUCUCCCUGUUUUCUUGUGUCUCAAAGACUUCCAGUUUCUGCAUCAAGUUCAACUGUAUAAAACUAAUCUUUCAUCUUAAAGACGUCUCACAGUUCCUACAGUCAUGAAAAAUCUGGAAAAGUGCUGUAAUACAGUACUGUUUGUCAGAAUGUACAAAAAGCUCUGCACAACUUAGAUGCAUUAGUUGAAAAAACACGGAAAAGUUGCGGGAUCGUCUUGUUAUUCCUUGCACAAAUGAGACAGAAAAUCACUUGGUUAUGAAGCUGCCACAUCAGGAGGUAAGAGAGGAUCCUGCACAAAACUAUAAAGGUGGAUGUGUAUCAAAAUAUAACAGUGAUCUGAAAGCCGUCUUCAUUUCUGGAUUGAAAGGGUUUCUCUUGGUAAAAGAAAUGUCUCAUAUACGCCCACAUGCCAUCAGUGUGGGUGCAAACAAACAAAUAAACAAAUCCUUAAAACUGCAAUUGAGCAACAAAGUCACAUGGUUAAAAAACAAUUAGGAAAAAAAAAAUCACCCUUUUCUGAGUUUCAAAAGCUUCACUCAGAAGCCACUGCACCUCCAUCUGCACUAAAUCUUCUUUAGCAGCUCAGUGUGAUUUAUAGCAUGUCUUGGUGGAAAUUUGCCAGCACACAACGUACUCUCUGUUGGCAAAGUCUUCACUCUGCACAACCCUGCAAACGAUCUUGUUAUUUAAGAUGUUUACAGUAAAAAAUCAGCCAAAUGUUAAUGUUAUUACUGUACACGUUGUCCACUAUUCUGUUUCAGGAUUCUGUCAGUGGGAGGCAGCUUGUUAAACUUUGCUCUCACUCCUGUUUGAGACACUUUAAUUUGUCACGCGAGUUCCCACCAGUGAGCACACCUGAAAUGACCCGACUAUGUGUGUGCACACAUCCUUUCUAAGAGUGUUGAUCACUGACUCUGCUUGUUCUUUGGUGCUUCUUAUUCAGGUCUGUUUGCACUCUGGUUUGCUGUAGCGUAUCUGUAUUUGGCCAGAUUUGCAUUAGCACACAGCGUCAUAAUCAGAGAGUUCAAUUUGAAAUAUAUGUAGAGUAUACUGGCUCCGAAGUGACAGCUGUUCUCUGGGGAUCAGUGAGGAGAAAUGUAUUUUGUUGAUGCAAAUAAUGCAACAAUAGAUGUAGUUUUUAAAGAACUACUGUGACACACUGCACGGUGGUAACAAUGCAGGUAAUGUUGUUAUUCUAAUCAAUGCACCAGUAGAAAUAAUAUAGGAUAAAUGGAUCCAGUGAAAAAAGAGAAAUAAAAUGUAAUUUUGUAAUGUAGUUUGAGUUAUUACAGUUGUUACAUGCUGUUCAUCGACUGAACUGUAUAAAAAUCAACUAAUUAAACUAGUAUGUUGAAGA